AUGCCAACCAGACUCUCAAUUUAUAAAUUAUAUAUCAAACCAAUUUUACUAUAUGCCUCUUCGGCAUGGGGUCCUCUCAUCAGUGCAUCAAACUGGGCAAACAUGGAGGCAGUUCAAAACGUUGCGAUCCGUACAAUCACAGGUGCCCACUUUUUCACCAGAAAUAACGCGAUCUUAAAUCCACCCAUAAACUCUCUGAGAAACGAAGCAGAACUAGCGGCUAGGGUAUUUUAUCACAGAAAUUCCCAAUCAACAUUCGCCCACAUCCGCGACAUUGGAACAUCACCAGCUCCUCAAAUACUCACACGCCGACCAAGACCAAUCAACUUUGCGAAAUUACAAUAA